UUUUUUAAUUUUAUCAUAUUUAUUCUUAUCAGUGUUUAUUCUGUUUAGAAUUAUUCUGUUAAACAAUGUUUAAAUGAUCCGUUAUUUGUAACAGUAUUUGAAAGGGACCUCAAAAUGUCCUCUACAGUACGUUGACUUUAUUCCCUUUUUGGUUCGUCUCAAUAAAAUGUCUCUCCUAGACUGAUAACUUUAUAUGUGUAUUUUCUCUAAUAUCGAAUGUAAUUUUUAUAUAUGUAUAUUUAUUUUGUGUUAAUUGACAAGAUACAUAGAUCGGAAACUAAAUAUACAGAAUUUAUUUUCGGUAACAAACACUGCAAUACCUAAACAGAUAACAUUGUUAAAGCGAACUCUGUUGUUGGAUACAACGCGUCCUAUACUUAGUUCAAAUAAGUAAAUAUAUUUUUCUUUUUCUCUAUCGAAUCCUUUAGUGGUGUCGCUUGUCGAAUCACUAGCAGGGUACCGUUCUCUGAAUAGCCUUCGGUCUUAGGAACGGUUUCAUUGUUCCCGGUAACUACAUAAACGAGCUAUCAAAACUAUUUCCACACAUGUGAGACCAAGCAUUUACGAUGCAUUUCAGUCAGAGGUGACUUAGUUUUAUCAUUCGUAUUGUAAUAAUAUCAUUUCAUUGACCUAUAAAUGCUUCGAAUGUUAUUUGUAUAUCAGCAUACGAAAUAUAAAAGGAAAUGACGAAUGUCGUACAUGAGUUAGGGGAGACAAGGGCCCUCCUCAUGACACCUCCGUUAUUUAGCCAAUUGAAAGAUUGGCGCGCCAAGACUCGCCGAUAAUCCCAGUUGCACUCUGGACCUUUAGAAGAACAUACCAGGCCCCCAACACUCUUUAUUAACUAUAUUUACAUGCGGAACGACUGACGUGCUUCGUUGGGAGUAACGACGUUAUGUUCUCUAAAGCGAAAUUUAUCUUCAGUUUACUCUUACUGUCUUUGAUUCUAAUAAAUCAAGCUGAUGGUAGACGAGGGCGACCCAGGAGCAGGACCAAGUCGAAGGUGCAGAUCGGGUUGCCGAUCACGGGCAAGUACCGAGACCCAGAAUCCGACCAAUACUACAAUAAUAAUGAUGGAGCAAAGAUUUUACUGGCCUCACACUUUGAUCUUGAGUAUUCACUGGGGCACAAGAUCGCGUUCCUCUGCAUCGCGAAGGGUAACCCGCGGCCGCAUAUCACGUGGUUCAAGGACGGAGUGGAAAUAUUCGCUCAUCAUUAUUUACACAUUCACGAAUGGCCAAUUGGCGAAGAUCGUGUGAAAUCUAAGAUCGAGAUCGAUCCAGCUACACAGAUGGACGCCGGCGUUUACGAGUGCACUGCCGACAACAUGUAUUCUAUUGACCGUCGCUCCUUCAAGACUGACUUCUCUAUCGCUUUUGACUGAUUCAAUGUUAACUUUAGAUUUUUACAUUAGAACAGUUUAUAUAUAUAUACAUAAUAUAUCAUAGUCUCGAUAUUUAAAUGCAUAUAAUAUAUCGGAACACAACAAACAAUUGAUUUUGUUUAUUUUAUUGUUAAAUGGGAUCAAAUCAAUAUGGGGCAAUGAAUAAACGAGGGCAUAAUAAAUAUGCGACAAUUGCAUAGCAACGAGUGAUUGCUAAGCUUUGAAAUUGAUAGUAAGUAAUACCUACUAAGCUUCACAUUAUGAAUAUUUAGAAAAGUAAUUUAAGUACAACAUGUUUAUGUAUACAAUAUUAAUUAAAUACAUUUUAUGUAAA